AUUUUUGCUACGUGAAUCGUCCGUUUUUGUCGUCAUAAAACAUGUAAAAUGAAUGCUGCACCAACAUUUGAAUCAUUUAUCCUUUUCGAUGGGGAAAAGAAGAUCACCAUUGAGAAAGACACCAAGGUUCCUAAUGCAGCUAUCUUCACAGUCAACAAAGAGGACCAUACGCUGGGUAACAUCCUAAGAGCCCAACUGCUAAAGGACCCCCAAGUCCUGUUUGCAGGGUAUAAGGUGCCCCACCCACUGGAACACAAGUUCGUUCUGAGGGUACAGACCACACCCGACUACAGCCCCCAAGAAGCCUUUACCAAUGCCAUCACCGAUCUCAUCUCAGAAAUCUCACUCUUAGAAGAGAGGUUUAAUGCUGCUGUCAGAGACAAGAGAGAAGGACAGGAUUAAAGGAGCUAAUCAGCCCUUCAUUCUAUCUCAUCAAAAACAAAAAAUGCUGAACAGUUCUUUUUGUACAUUUUGUGUAAAUAAAUCACUAGUGAUGGAUGGAAGGACAAAUAAUGGGCGGAAGCCAGAACAUGACACUAUGAACAU